AUGGCGAAUGCCUCAGCGGAUGCCGGCAGAGGGACGCUACUGCUGGUAGAAGAUCUGCUGGCUUUGGCUUCUUUGGGCGCUUUGCCGUCACGACCGCCGAGCAUCUUCGUCGUUCUCGUGGUGGCACUGGCCGUCGCAACACUGCGGAGUACCGGGCACUGCCAAAGAGGAGGCCGUGGAGGCUUAUUGUUUGCCGGGCUCCUUGGACCGAUCCUGGCGGCAGGCUACAGCGAUGACUCUGUUUGGUUGCUGGGCUGUGCUGCCGAUCCGGUGUUGUGGAGUCUGGCAUCCGUCGAGGCCUUGAUAUCAGUUGCGAUAGCGAAAACGCCCAGCUGGCUUACCCUCUCGGGUGCCAUCAUUGUGGCAAAGGGUGCUUCUUUGCCGCUGGCGCCCGCAACCGCCUUUCUUUCGGUGCAGCAUUUGAUUAUGUCCUUCUGCCUGGAUGAGGACUGGGGAUGUUGCCUGACCCUCGCAGAGAAGCUGCUCUGGUCGCAGGGCGCCGGCUUUCUCUGCGCCGUGCUGUCAGAGGCCAUGCAGACUCGCUUUCAUGGCUGGCCACCCCUCCUUGUGUUCUUCUUUGCCUUGGCAGCCCUGGGUCUCUUCCUGCUGCUGAUGGCACGGAUUUUUUGGCGGCUGUUGCCCUCAAGGAUGCAGGCCUGGGCAGCUGUGCUGUCCGCUGCGGUCACCGGAGGAGUUUUCCUCCUUUGGGGCCUCACUGGGGCUGGGACCGGUGAAGCUUUCGAAUUUCAUCCGCCUCUGCUUUGGCUCCUGCGCUACAUCCUUCAGCCGCCUGAGAGAAGGACGCUUUUCCUGCAGUGGCCGCUGUUGUUGAUCGCUGGCGUGCUCGGUGCCGACGUCCUCGCACGCAGGCUCGCAUCUGCGUCCAAGGGUCGCCCCUCCAAUCGGGACAAGCACUUCGUCCGCAAGACAUUCCAUGCGCUGGCCCUGGCCCUCUUCGUGCCUCCUCUCUGUGAAGGUCUGGCGCCCUUCCUGUCGCUGUCGCUGCUGAUAGCUGCGCUUCUCUUCCUGCUGCUAGAGACCUUGCGGUUUUACAAGACGCCCCAGCUCGCCGCAUUGCUCGAUGGCUUCGUGGGCCAGUACUUAGAUAAGCGGGAAGAUAUCUCUCGAGGAGACCUGGUCCUUACCCACCUUUAUCUGCUGCUGGGCUGCGCUCUGCCGAUUUGGCUGGAAGGAUCUCUCGUACGGCCGUUCAGCCCGGAUACGUCCUCGGCUUUGCGGCAGUGGGGCGGCCUUCUACUCAUCGGGGUGGGUGAUUCUUGCGCGGCCAUUGUCGGCAUUCUUUUCGGCAGGCAUGCAUGGCCCGGAUCGCACCGCACACUGGAGGGCUCUGCAGCCUUCCUGGCCGGCGUGCUCUUUGGCUCUGCAUGUCUCCUCGCGGCAUCCGGGCGUGGCAUCACAUUACUGCCAGCUGAGCUGCCCGCUUUGUUGGCGGCCACGGUCCUUUCGGCCCUGCUUCUUGUCCUGCUGGAUUGGUACGUGAACCUCGACGGAACCAUGAAGCAGUACAUGCAGUAUCACAGGCCGCCGUCGCAAACGGGGCAUGUCGUCGAGGUGCCCUUCGGUUCCCGGGUGAUUGUGUCACGCUGUGGCGGUUCAGGGCCGGCUUACUCCUGGCAGAAGUACAGGAGCUCCGACAGCUCGCAGUGCGCAUCGACUUCAGUGGGUCCGGUGCGAGUCUUCGACACAGCCGAGGAGCUGCUAGCUGACAUUGGAGAGCCUUGCCGCGAGAAUCCACAGACCCUGGUAUUUCUGCACGGCGUUCGAUUUGCGCCCAACGUCGGCGCGAGCUUACGUGCUAGCCAUCUUCUGGGUGCGCAGGGCUGCCUCUUGGCUGGCGGUCUCGCGGAGUCGCGGCAGCGACGGCCCUCGCCACUCGAGGAGGCCAUCCGCAUCUCCAUGGCAGCCCGGCACGGCUGGCCGCUGCGGGUGUCGACUUGCGCUCUCCCCGACAGCGCUGGUGCGGUCAAGGUUUGCACAGAGCACGGAUAUCUUCCCGUGUGUGUCGAAAACGACACCGCCGGCCUGGCAAACCCGCCUCUGCCGGCAGAGGACUUGGACCUGACAGUCCCUGGCAUGGCCUUUGUGUUCGGAGCCGAAGACACAGGCGUCCCGUCUGAGGUCGCGGAGGCUUGUGCCCAGUUCAUUUCCAUCCCCUGCCGGGGCAAGGGCUCCCUGAACAUCUCACACGCGGUGGCCUUGGUGUUGUACGAGCGUGGCCGUCAACUGCGUGCUGACGCACGCGCGCGCUUGCGAGCAUGA